AUGAAACUCAAGUUAAACUUUGGGAAAAAGAAAAGAGGAUUUGACUGGAACAUAAUCGAGGGUUGCAAAUCCCUCUUUGGGAAAUUUUUUGGAAGCGGUGUUGACAAAUAUUUUAAAAUAGUUAACCUUUCAAUAAUUGCAAUAUUCGUCACAGUUUUGAAUUAUAUAUACUCCUUUGACAUAAAAAAUGCAAGGAAGAAGGACAAAAAAUUGCUCUACAUGUACUACGGAUUUUUAGUAUGUCUUGUAGGGUUCGGAAUCAGUAUUAACUGGAUAUACUUCGAGUAUUGCAAAAAUAAGAAAAAUAGAAGCUCCCCCUUGGAAAUUAAAAUGGGAAGCAAAAAGAAAUAA